AUGAAUUAGCAAUAAUAUAAUGAAAUGUUCACAGCAUUCUAGACAAACAAGAUUUUAGUUGAACAAUUUGAUAUCUACCUUAAGUAAAAAGUAUUUUAAAUUAUUUUAUGAAGUGUGGCCAUUUUUAUGAUGAACACUUAUUUUAAUAAUUGAUUGAAUUAUCUUUAAAUAAUGGAGUCAUAGAUUUAGAAAGUUUUAUUAAUUAAUACAAUGAGACUGUAGAUACUUUAUAAUAUCGUUCAGAAAUAUUAAAUAAUAAGAUUAAAGAACUAAGAGUUUUGCAUUAAUAAUUAAGUGAUUAGUUAAAUUCAGAUGCAUUAUAAUAGAACUCUUUAACUCUUUAAAUUAUGGAUUGUCAAAAUAUUGAAAUUAAAAAUCCUAGCGUUUAUCUCUAAAUUUGUUGUGGACCUAAAACACACAAAACUAGAACUAUGAAAGGAGUUAGUCCAUAAUUUUAAGAGUAAUUUGAAUUUCCCAUUGAUUCUGGUUGUUAGGAUGUUACAAUAACACUUUUUGAUAGUGUAAGAAAUUGAAUCUACUUUAGAUGGAUGAUAAUAUGAUUGGUUAUACUCAAUUUUUGAUUUCUGAAUUAAGAGAAUAAAAACUAAAGGAUAUCAGUGUAAAUUUAUAAAGAUAAGACAAUAUGAAAAUCAAAACUAAAUUACAUGUUAUAUUAAAAUUCAAUCAUUCAAAAGUAAGUUUCUUCUAAUUUAGGAAAGCUUAUACAAAUAAGAAUAGUAAAAACUAAAUCAUGAAAUUAAUCAGAAUAAUCUUGAAAUGAAAGAAACUUAAUAAGCCUUAAAUUGUCUAGCUAAAGUAUUUAGUGGAGGUUGUAUCAAAAUUAGAUAAUUACCUCCAAUUUUAGAAAUUAAAGAAUUUGAAUUGAAAUGUUUAGAUACUUUAAAUGAUGCACUAUAAGAAAGAAUAUAAGAUUGGGUUCCUUUAUUUUAUAAACUAACUGGAUUGGUGGUUGCAUUAUCUGUUAUGAUUAGUUUAUAUCGAUGCUAAUUUAUGGAAGUAAAACAAUUUAUUAAUAUUAGUUAACAUUACUAGCAUAUAUGAUGUUAUUAUUAAUCCUUAGAGAAAUUAACUAAAAAUGGAUGAGAGUGUUCACAUAUUUAUUUGCUGUCUUAUUUCUUUAUGAUUUACUCUGGCUAUACAUAUGUGGAGGAGUAAUUAUUAUUAUUAUUUUAGAACUACGGUAUAACCAAAGGAGAAAAACACAUAAACAAAUUUGUCACAGCAUUAUGUUAUGUUGAACUCUUAGCUAAAAUUCCAUUUACAAUAGUUUUGUGGAAACAUUCGGU